GGCGUAUCCAACAACAUGAAGUACUUACCAGUGGUUCUGGCACUGCUCGUGCCCCUAGCGCCGGCAGCAAUUCUUGAGGACAUUCCAGGCUCAGAUGAAAUGGAAAUUCCAGCAUUUGUUCAAACACUCAACCAGCUUCACCGUGGGCCACCAUUGCCGCCAAGCACCAAGCGUGCAAAUGUGGAGACUCGAUGGUUCAACCAGAGCCUGGACAACUUUGACGACACUAACAAGAGCGUGUGGAGCCAGCGUGUUAUGAUCAACGAAGAAAACUUUGUAGAUGGUUCCCCUAUCUUCUUAUUACUCGGCGGCGAAUGGACAAUUGAUCCGAAUUCCAUAACAUCAGGACUGUGGGUUGACAUAGCAAAGGAGCACAAUGGGUCACUGGUCUACACUGAACAUCGAUUCUUCGGCGGGAGCAUUCCAAUUCUGCCCCUUUCAACGGAAAACCUUAAGUAUCAUGGUGUGGAGCAAGCUUUGGCCGAUGUGGUAAAUGUUAUCAAGGUGCUCAAAGAAGAGGACAAGUACAAAAACUCUAAGGUCGUCGUAUCAGGCUGUUCCUACUCUGCGUCCAUGGCAGUUUGGCUUAAGCUAUUGUACCCCGACGUAAUAGUGGGCGGUUGGGCUUCCAGUGCUGUGUUAGAGGCCAAAGUCGACUUUUCCGAUUUCAUGGAAGUUGUUGGCAGAGCCUACAGACAGCUGGGAGGGGACUAUUGCUACAACCUCAUCAAUAAUGCGACAUCCUACUACGAGCACUUGUUUCAGACUGGUCAGGGAGCUAAGGCCAAGAAACUCCUCAAUUUGUGCGACAGUUUCGACGAGAAUAAUGAAAGGGAUCAGUGGCAAAUAUUUAGCUUGAUUGCAAACAUAUUUGCAGGCAUAGCGCAGUACCAAAAACCAGAAAACUAUGAUUUGGCCCGAUCUUGCUCCGUUCUGCGAAACUUGGAUAUUGAUGAUGCCUCAGCACUAUCUAAGUUCGUACAGUAUAGUCUCAGGCAACAAGGAUGUCAUAAUGCUCGAUAUCAGGAAACUGUUGAUUAUUACAAAUGGGUCAAGAAUAACUACAAUGGUAAUCUACAUCUCAGCUGGUUCUAUCAAACAUGCAGACAAUUUGGUUGGUUCCAAUCCUCUGCAAACAAGAAUCACCCAUUCGGAUCUACUUUCCCGGCAACUCUGUAUACCGAUAUGUGUCGCGACGUAUUCGGAUCCCAAUACACCUCAGCGAAAAUUGAAGAAUAUAUUCAGGCUACAAAUAAGAAGUAUGGUGGAAGGAAUCCAGCUGUGGAGAAUGUUUAUAUGACUCAUGGUGGUUUGGAUGGAUGGAGCGCAGUUGGAUCUGACUCUGCUACAAUUAUUCCACAAGGCUCGCAUUGUUUCGAUUCUGGCUCAAUCAAUCCCACAGACAGUCCCGCAUUGCGCGCAGCUAAGGAACGAGUGAUUGAACUAGUUCGCGAAUGGCUCGCAUAAACUCCACAUGAGCGGAUUUACAUUUGAUUGCGUUCUCUCGAGUUGAAUAUGACUGCAUUUAAUGUUUGUCUAGUAAAACGUGAAAUGUGCUUUCCACUUGGUACUGUAUAAUAAUUAUUAAUGUUGGCCAAUUUGCCUAUUAUUUAAGCUAAGACAGAUUGCAACUGAAGUAUGAAAAAUUGAAAACAUUUACAUAUAUAGAAAAAGAAUAAUUUCGCAUAAAAUACGCAUAUAGCAUUUAAAUUAUUAUUUUUCCAUCUUUUAAACUUAAACUAGCUUCAAGAUAUCAGUAAUGAUGAUGAAUUGUUUUGAACAAAGUUUACAAUUUAAGUAGGCCUAGCCACUCUAUUUGGGCUUAAAUAUCCAUACAUGUGUAUUUUAACUUUAAUGUUUCUAAAAGUCACAUCAACAAUAAGCUAGCUCAAGUGUUUCACACUCACGAGAAUUGCAUUUGAAGUUCUCAAGAGGCCAACCCAAUAAAGUGCUUAAUUUGCGACUAGCGGUAAAA